AAAACAACAACCUUUUUUCGGGCUUUAAGCGUUUAGCUAAUAGCCAUGGUGUUUGUUAUUAAGACAGUGCUCUUCACAGCACUGGUCUACAGUGCGAGUGCAGGACUAUUGAGCGGUGGUCACGAUUCCUACGUAUCAUCAGCACUGAAUGCACCAUCCGCCAACUACGGCCCACCUUCCACGUUGUAUGGACCACCUGCUGGGUCUGGACCGAUAGCAGACAUCAGUGGUCCUUCAGGUGGAGCAUUGGAGGCUCAUAUUGGGCAUGAAGAACAUGGCUCAGCCAUUGAAAGUGCUCCGGUAGUAGAAAGCCCGUCACAUGCUAGUGGGCCAGGUUACAGCAGUGGGGCAGGUUACAGCAGCGGGGCAGGUUACAGCGCUGCAGCAGAUUACAGCGGUGGAGCAGGUUACAGCGGUGGAUCAGGCUACAGCAGCGGUUACGGUGGGGCAGAUAUUGGUGGCUAUGACGGCGCAGGUCUUGAAGGAGGUGCUGGAAUCGACGGUGCUGCUAUCGGAGGUGCCGCUCUUGCUGGAGAUGGCCUUGGGGGUGCUGGCUUAGGAGCAGGUGGAUUGGGUGGUGCUGGCAUUGGAGGUCCUAGAGUAAUUGGAUCUUAUGUUUCCGUUGGUCAACCUGGUGCAGCGACUUCGAGAUAUGAACUGCAAUCCGUUGUACAGAACGUCGUCCGUCGCAUUCCUGUAGAAGUAACUCGCCACAUCCAAAUAGCUGUGCCCCACCCGGUGGCAGUCCCUGUACCCCAUGAAGUCAAAGUACCAGUACCACAACCUUACCCCGUGCAUGUAGAUGUUGUCAAGCACGUGCCUUACCCAGUAUACAAGACGCACCAUGUCGAGGUCGACAGACCAGUACCAGUUGAGGUCGUAAGGGAAGUGCCGUUCCCCGUAAUCAAGAAAGUCCAUAUUCCAGUAGAAAGGCCGUUCGAGGUCAUUAAGAAAGUUCAUGUGCCCAUUGAAAAGCACGUUGAAGUACCAGUGCCAGUGUGGAAGCCCUACCCCAUCCACAUCAUCAAACACGUUACCCACUACAAGAAGAAGAGCUGCUGCUGGUGA